AUGAAAUUUUUGUUAGUUGCUUCAAUCGUUAAUAUAAGACAGAAUCUACGAUGGUAUUACGAAGCAUGCUACAAAUGUGGAAAAAAAAUAACUCCAGUUCCAAGACCAAAUCAUUCCUAUACCGACCCUCACAAAAUUACAGAAACUGUUGUUGUUCAGUGUAAAGAUCCAAGUUGCAACAAUUCGGAUUUUCAUACAGUUAUCAAGUAUAUAAUUUCAAUCAACGUACAAGAUGGUACUGGCACCAUCGGAUUGACUCUUUUUGAUAGAGAAGCAAAGAGGUUGUUAGAUAUAAGUGCAUACGAGUUGAAAAAGAUACAUGAAGCGGCUGGAGACAGUGAUGCACUAUUUCCAAUGCAACUUAACGUGUUGAAAAACCGCAAGUUUGGUUUUCUUGUAGAUAUUACAAAAUACAAUGUCAACAACUAUAAUAAUAUCUACACCAUUCUCAAGCUUACAGAAGAUGUAUCCAUUGUUUCAGAAUUGGAAAGUAAAUUAGAACUUAUGAGUAUUGAAUCCGUCUCCUUAAAUCAAGUGCCUUUGGAAUCAGAUGAUGUUGUACAGCCUGUUCAAAAGGAUGUGAUCUCACAAACAGAUGAAAGUUUUACACCAUCAACAGUUGAUAAAUCAACCGCAACAAGUCCUAGCAAAAUAUCAACUGAUUUGAAGCGCAACCUCCAAGACAUUUAUGACGUUGAUUCCGGAGAUGAUUUAAGUUCAACUAAGGCUAAAAGAAAAUCAAUCGGAGAGGAAACUCAACUCUUAAUUCCAAAAGUGGAGAAGUGA